GUGGCGCUAUUGACCGUAACUAGGCAGCAGCGCAUAUCUGGCAACCCACAGUCCAGCGGAGAGCAGAGUAUUGCAUUCUGCCAGUGUAAUAUCAACAUUGGAAAGGACGCAUUCAGAAUACAGAGAUGGCAGUGAAUGUAUACUCCACAUCGGUAACAAUUGAGAACCUGAGCCGACAUGACAUGUUGGCAUGGCUGAAUGACUCCCUUCAGCUCACCUACACCAAAAUAGAACAAUUAUGUUCAGGGGUGGCUUAUUGUCAGUUCAUGGACAUGUUGUUCCCAGGGUGUAUUCUUUUAAAGAAAGUGAAAUUUCAAGCAAAGCUGGAACAUGAGUUUAUACAUAACUUCAAAGUACUCCAAGCGGCUUUCAAGAGGAUGAACGUUGAUAAAAUAAUUCCUGUGGAAAAAUUAGUGAAAGGAAAAUUCCAGGACAACUUUGAAUUCGUCCAGUGGUUUAAAAAAUUCUUCGAUGCCAAUUAUGACGGGAAAGAGUAUGAUCCCAUUCAAGCUAGACAGGGCCAAGAUGUGGCGCCUCCACCAAAUCCAGGUGAACAUUUUUCCCACAAACCCAAGAGAACUGGUCCCUCAGGGCCUCAGAGAAUAUCGCCAACAGUACCUAAAAACAUGCCCACACCCCAGAGGGUGACCACCACCAUAAGGAAGAACCCCACACAUGCCCGAAAUGGGGGAAGUGAUGCUGAAAUCAUGGAGCUUAAUCAACAGUUGAUGGAGCUGAAGUUAACCGUAGAUGGUCUGGAGAAGGAGAGAGAUUUCUACUUCAGCAAACUUCGAGACAUUGAACUGAUCUGUCAAGAAAAUGAGACUGAAAACAACCCCAUUAUCAGUGGGAUAAUUGACAUUCUGUAUGCUACAGAGGAUGGCUUUGCACCACCAGAAGAUGAUGAAAUAGAUGAGCAGGCCCACUUGGACCAGGACGAAUACUGAGCAUCCUCCUCUUCACCAUUUCCUCUCCCCACCAACAUGAAUGACUCCCCUCUGUCGCACGCUGUUAAUAUCCUCUCAGUUUCCCACAAAUGUAUGGGCUCACCAUUUAUACUCUAUCUCUUUGUCCUCUGACUCUGGUUUAUGCACUACAUAGGCAUCAACAAACACUGGCCGUCCUCACCCCCAUCCAGACAGUAGCACCAACAACAACACAUCCUAGCCGUCACAGCAUGACAGAGAGAAUGAACAAAAGAAAAGGCAUCAUAGAUCGUGGGUAGCACAAUGCACUGAAAACUAAUGUAAAUACUGUGAUGGAAAAGACAUUUUUGAAGAAAAAGAAAAAAGAAAAAGAAAAAAAAUGUUGCUUGGAAUGCAGUUAUUGCUUGUGUGAUUUUGAUACACAUUUUCUCUGAGGUCUGUCUCCGCUCCAUUCAGUAUGAAAUGAUCAGUAUCAUCUGUGUCUUCAGCUUCAGUCUGCCUCUCUCACUGACUGUACACUUUUAAAGGGAUAAAUCACACAGAAAUGUCUGUAAUCAAUUUCUUACCCACACGUUGUUCCAAACCUGUAUGACUUUCCUUCAUGGAACAAACGAAGAAGGUUGCUCAUUUUCACAUGACUCCAGUAAAUAGGUACUGAAGCUUUUAAGCUUGAAAAAGGACACAAAUGAACCAUAAAAGUUCAUAUGAGUCAUAUGCUAUAUUCCAAGUCGCUUUGAGUACACCUGUGACCAGGGGAUCAUUGAGUUGAUGAAAAUCUAAUGAAAACACCAACAAGAUCUAGAGAAGAUGUCAAGAUUUUAAAGUAAAUAAUGAAAUAGAGGCACACUUGUAAGAUUUCUUUAGAUCUCUACUGAAGAUUGAAAGCUUUGGUUUCCAUUCAUUGUACAACCAAAAUAUCAUACAUGUUUGGAACGACAUGAAGGUGAGUAAAUAAUGACAGAAUUAAAUUUUUUGAUGAACUAUCCCAUUAAAAGACUAAAAACAGCAGACUUUAUCAGGAAGAAUGCCAGUAAUAUAUUACGAAUAUUUUAUAUCUUCAAAGACACUGAUGUCAUGUUUGUCGGUAACAUGAUGGAAAAAGAUUCUCAGCUGUAGAGAGGAAUUUUAUACUUUUGAAAUAUGGCAAGUGACAGGGUAAAUAAAAAUAAAUAAACAAACAAACAAACAAAAAAUGACAUGAAAAUAUGUCAGCGUGGCUUUAAAAUGUGUGAGACAACAGUAACUUAUGGCACAGGUUGUUUUGCUUAUACCCAGGGAGCAUGUGAAUGUUAUACAAUUGAUGAGUGAUUGUUUGAAAAUCCUAUUUUUCUCUUGUGCUUGAUUGUGACAUUAUUUUUACACAUCAAAACAGAAACUCACCAAAUGGAUGGAAAGUGGUAUUACCGUCAAAUUGAACCAUUGAGCAUGUGGGCCAGUACUCAUCGAUACUGUGUACAUUUUAUUUUGGUGGCAAUCAAACGUGAUACUACUGAUCAGGUGAGGUCAUGUCGAAUUGAACUGACGUUUGCUGCUAGUGUUGCUGCGUUUAUGCGUUUUGUUUUGUAUUUAUUUCACUCAGCUAUUGAAUGUGCAUUCUUAACUGUAAAUCAUAUCAGAUUUGUAUAAGGCCCUGAUCAAAUUAAACAGAGAUGCUAGAUGUCAUUGGUUGAAUCUACUUCUCUCUGUGGUGAGAACCUGAGUCAUCUUGUAUUGUUUCAGUAUGGCCAUAAUUGUGUUUGCAUAGUUUUGAGUAAAUAAACAUUUGUGAAAAUCGA